AACAAGGCUUUCCUCUAUACUCGUUUAUUUGACGUCGAGUAAGCGCACGCGGAUAUGGAAAACCUUUCAAUGGGAUACAAGACUUUUUUUUAUUAAGGAAAAACGUUUUUCACGUCAACUGUAUAAAAAAAAACUACAUAAAACGACCCUAGUAGUUACAGUGUAAUUGAUGGAGUAAUGUCAGAGUUAACUGCCGUGUUCAUUAAUUACAGCGUUACGUACAGAGAAACUUAAACUGGUUUACGUCAGUGCUUGUCACGUGAAGUUCAUGUAGGCAUGCCGCUGGCUCCUCUCGAUAUGUUCAGAUACGGAAUGCAGGGAAUCCCUCCCUUCCCCUGGUACUGGGAGGAGUGGAAGCCAAAACAGCCGUUCGUAAGGAAGAUACCGCAGUACAGUCUCGGAGGUGAUGUAGUGGACGGGGACCCGUUCUCUCCCACACCUAGUCCACACUCCCCCCAGCACAGCAAACACAGACCCAAGGAAAUGUCAUUCGAUAAAGUGUUUGACCCCUACCAAGUUUUUGAGGUAGAACACAAGCCAUGCCUGAUCCUCACAGUGCGGGUCCUGUGUGGACGGAACAUAACGAAGGGCUGGCUGGAUAUAUUGGACACACCAGACCCUUAUAUAGCGUUAAGGAUCCGGACGGCACCCGAGGGUCGCCGAAGGACUGCCGCAAUUGAUAACGAAGUCAACCCUGUCUGGGCAGAGGACUUCACUUUCCUCCUCGACGAACAGGAGCAUAAUGAAAUCCAAAUUUCACUGAUGGAGGCCAAUCCCGGUCAGUUUGAUCAGAAGAUCGGCGAUGUCUGGUUCGACCUCACAGAUAUACCGAGAGGGAAAACAGUACAAAAAACCUUCUUAUAUAACGAGGUAUCAGAAAUAGACAUGGAAUUUGAAACACAUAUUGACCAGGACCCCACACUGCGCUACAGUCUAUGUCUUUGUGAUGAUGAAAAGGACUUUAUUAUUCGGCGGAAGGAGAGAGUGCGGGAGAGGAUGGCGGAAAUCCUCGGCGACAAAGGUCCCAUGUCGGUUGAUGAGGUGCCCGUAGUUGGAGUGAUCGGGUCCGGGGGAGGGUUCCGCGCGAUGGUCGGCUAUAGUGGAGUGACCAAGGCUCUCGCCGACGCUGGCAUACUGGACUGUACUACGUAUAUGGCCGGACUUUCAGGAUCCUCCUGGUAUUUAUCAACAUUGUACUCUCACCCAAAAUGGCCUGAAAUGAACCCAGGCGACAUGCAAGAUGAGCUGAAGAACAGCAUAGAUUCCAGUCUGAUGUGGUUCUUGUCACCACAGAGUAUAUACAGGAACCUCGACCUGAUCCUCCAGAAACGACAGAACGGUCAACCAAUCAGUUUUACCGACAUCUUCGGACAUCUUGUUGGUGAAACUCUUAUUAAAGACCGGUUGGACUUCAAAUUGACAGACAUGCAAGCUAAAUUAUCUGACGGGCAGCGACCCUUACCAUUGAUGACCUGUGUUAAUGUCAAGAUGGACAGAUCUGCCCGGAGCUUUCAGGAAUGGGUGGAAUUCACCCCGUUUGAGAUAGGGAUGCCAAAAUACGGAACAUUUAUGAAAACCGAUAUGUUUGGUUGCAAGUUCUUUAUGGGAAAACUUGCCAAGAAAUUUCCUGAGCCCCCACUUCACUUCCUCCAAGGUAUAUGGGGCAGUGCCUUUUGUAUCCUCUUCAAGCGGUUACUGGAUGAUAACAGGAAGCUUGACCCAGUUGAGAUGAUUCGUCAGGAAAUGGUCAAACAAAUCGAGGUGAAUCAGGAGGACGAGAGCAGCGACAGUAGUGAAGACGAGGAAGAAGACGAGACCCCGGACGAGGUGAAAAAUCGACGGGACGCGGCUCAACGUAACCGUUUCUCAUUCAGUGAGGAGGCACAGAAGAAACUAGCGAUGCAGAAUGGGAAUGGACCUCAUCGUCAAUCCGAUGCAAAGAUCAAUCGAAAACAGACUGUCCGGCGCACAAAGCAAAAAAGUUACUGGCAAUCUUUCCUCAGCGGAAUUCUCGACAAAAAGGUUGAGUUACUCAAUACUCGAGCCGGGCGUGCAGGAGUUGUGCACAACUUCAUGAGAGGUCUUUCACUUCAGCAGACAUUCCCAUUAUCUCCCUUUACACCCAGUGACGGCGGUAUGGAAACUCGAGUCAGUGAUGACUUCAGUGGUUUGCUGGAGAUGCACCCAACCAACGUGAAACACCUGUACAUGGUAGACGCCGGCCUUACCUUCAACUCGCCUUUCCCUCUUGUCCUCCGUCCACAGAGAUGUUGUAAUAUCAUUUUGUCCUUCGACUUUAGUGCCAGACCAGGGGACUCAACCCGUCCAUUCAAGGAGCUUCUGUUAGCGGAAAAAUGGGCCAAACUAAAUAAACUUUCCUUCCCGCCGAUCGACCAAACAGUGUUUGACAGAGAAGGCAUGAAAGAACUCUACAUCUUCCGACAUCCGGACGAUCCGUACUGUCCAGUCGUCCUCCACUUUGUCCUUGUCAACAUCGAGUUUAGGAAAUUCCUCAGUCCAGGCGUACCAAGAGUCACAGAGGAAGAACUUGAAUUCGCAAACUUCGACAUAUUUGAUGACCCAUCAACACCGUAUUCAACGUUCAAUUUUAAAUAUUCUCAUGACGCGUUCGAAAAGUUGUCGAAGCUUACAGAAUUCAACACGUUACUUCACAUCGAGGAAAUAAAGGCUGUAAUGGCAGAGCAAGUUAUCAAAAAGAGAGAAAAUCCUACUAAAUUGCCAUGCUCAUUAAAGGAAGUGAACAACUUGCGUCGUGUCAGUGUGAAAAACAGGCAGAGGCUUAGCCGAUACCUGUCGCAAUUAGGAACGAGGCGUUCACGUGUAACCAGUGCAGGAGAUGUCCUCUCCAGUAGUGGUGGCUCCCCGUCUAGUCCUAGCCCGCACGUUAACCUGGCCAAGUCUGAAAACGAGGCCGGAUUCCGUAGAAAUGUGCCGGAAAGGAAACCCAUGGUCAAGAGCAAACGAAAGCUUGCGAAUACGCGACGCAAUGAAUUCGCAACACUAGGAGGACUAACUUCUCCUAUGGAAGACGAUGAAUAUGACGGCGGUCCCAAAGAUGCAACGCUAAGGGGAAAGCCAGGACGACUAGCGAAAAUAAACACUAAGGUGGAGGGCGAGGAACAGUGGGAAGAUGCUACAUGUGAUUCCAUUGACGAGGAUAGCGAAGACGAUCAGUUUUACUCUGUGAGGUCAGAACCUCUCUGAUGGUCCUAUUGGAAUUGUUCAACUACCUACAAUCGUUCAUUGAACAAACCAGUUCGGUGUUUUCUCAAAACACAUCGCAAAUGUUUGAGCUCCGAGCAUGUGCGGUUGUUUUACCGUAACAAGUGUUUGGCCAGGCAUGCAGAGUUUGUGGUUCUCUUCGACUCAACAUGUUAAACGUGUUUGAGAGGAUUGAGUUCAUCACAAAUCAAAUCACAGCAGGAUCGAUUAAAAGUGAGGUCUCAGUUCGGUGGUUGUUGGUUAUCAUGUUUAUCUAACUUAGUUUGUUAAUUUUGAAAUUGAAUUUAUAUGAUUUCAGACUCAACUAAAGAGUUGGAUAAACAUAAUAUUCAGCCAUCACGAGUUUCGAGGACUUUUCACCCAUAACGUUCGUGUUAUGUAUGGCAAACCAUAUGUAUUCUUGGAAAUAAAUGGUUCCUGUCUCCGAUCGAGAAGAUGUGCUAUGAAUCAUGACGUCACAAUCAAAGAUGCCAGUACAAAGCAUUGUUAUGUGACGACGACACCAUGACCAGGUCGGUACCGACAUGUUGGAAUCCAUCAAUAUUUCCCAACUCCUUUCAUGUUGAUCCAAUGCUUCCGGAGUAGCGAUACAGUGGUUACGAGAGAAACAGUUUUACGACGAAGACUGGGAAUGUCGCAGAGUAAAACAUAGAUAUCAGUUCCAUUGAGGAUACAUUGUUCAUACUCAGUUGAAUAUUUGUGUUUGUGAUGAAGAUGUUAAAUUAUCUUGUUUAAAAGGGACCACGUAAAGCGACAUUAAGGCGAGGUCUGGGAACAGAAACCUGCCGAUGUAUUAAAUAUAUUUUCAAUGGAUGUAUAUUUAAAUAUUGCCACUUUGGUUAAAGGAACAUUAAACACCUAUAUAAUUGUACUGUUAUCAAGUAGGGUCAAUUUGAUGUGAUCUUGGUGCCCAAUAAGGAUACCAAAUGAUCAUGUUGCUCCAUUUUUAUUUUUUAUGUAACAUCAUCAUUGUCAUUGUUUAACUGUCGCAAGAUUCAUAUUGAUUAUAUUUUCAUUUUUGUCACCAAUAUAACGAUAGUGCAUGGUGGAUCUAAUAAAACAUCUCUUGUGCAUAUUGAAAUUAUCAAACAAGACACAAAGUAUGGUCUGUUUCAAAAUGAAGACUGUUUGAGAAGUCCAGACAUAAGUUGUCUUGUAGUCUGCUUUUAUAUUUGGAUAAUAGGCAGUGCGAGAAUUGAAGUUCGUUUUUCUGAGAUUAACUAGUCAACUUGUGAUUUUAUAUAUGGAUACGGAAAUCAAUAAAAUUGUUCGAUCUUAUAGAUAAAAAGUCUACAAGAACAACGAACAAAAUAAAGAUUGAUACAGAAUGUUUUCGAGAAAUAAUUGCAUCAGUAAAAACUCGAGACCUUUUAAAAAGAGAGACGUGCUGUGAGUUACAUGAGUAUGUAUGUACAGGAUUGUGAGUUCAUGGAUUAACACUUAUGUCAUGUCAGAUAGAGAAAUAGUUAUGUAUGCCACUGUGAGGUUGAUAAUAUGUAUGUAGUUUUGAGUAGAGCAAUGUGUGUAUUUGUAAGUGAAGGGAAUCAUUACGAUCAUAGAAGUAUGAAUUGUAGAGUUUAACGUCAUUUCAUUUAAUCAGUGUUCAGAUAAAGAAUUGAUUACAUGUAUUAUAAGAAAUUAUGCCCAACAAUUCGGAAAGCAUUGAAGAGAGGAUAUAUGUGUGUCACGUAAAAGAGAGAAAUACAAAUGGCAAGACUAUCUAAUUAAGUUAUUACUGUGUACGUCAAAGAGAAAAUCUAUUUUAUUGUACUUGUUCUGAAAUAAAAUGUGUUUAUAUAA